AUGUUGCUCGCUCCUGUCCUAGCUUGGGCUCUCACGCCCAGCUUGGUCGCAGCAUAUGCCUUCUCAGCCAAUGGCAGCUCAGCACAGACGCAAGGUAUACAAGCUGUGUCCCAGUGUCGUCCCGACCCCGGGGGCCAAGAGCUCGCGCGGGGGAGUCUCCGCGGGGUGAAGAAGAUGCCAGCCGACGAAGGAGAGAAGUUCCUAUUCGAUUAUUGGGACUAUGAUGGCAUCGGAGCGGGGGAUCUGACGGUCCCGGACUGCAGCGGUGGCUUGCGGGGCUCUGGGGAAAGUGAGACUAAGCCCCGGUCGUACCCUCUACGGGCCUCGCUGCCAGUGUCGACGUUAGCAGAUCCGGGCUUCACGCCGCUCUUGCGGCGUGAUUUUAAGUGCCCGAGUGGCACGCUGGCGUGUACGGCGAUCAACCGCCCGGAGAGCUGCUGUGGCACAGGAGAUACCUGCCAGCUGAUCCAGGACACGGGGCUGGGGGAUGUCGGGUGCUGUCCGCAGGGCCAGACCUGCUCCGGGGCCAUUGGGUCUUGUCAGCAAGGGUACACGAGCUGUCCGGCGUCGCUAGGGGGUGGCUGCUGUAUCCCUGGGUAUGAGUGUUCUUGUCCAGGUGCCUACGUCUACACAGUGACGAUAACCUUGAGCUCCACCGUGAUAGUCUCCACAGCGACGCGGAUUGUGCCCCCGCAGACUACUCAGGCCUCAACCAGCAGUAGCAGUAGUAGUACCAGCAGUACUAGCAGCGGGACUACAGGCGAACCCGUGCCCCCAGCUCCUCCGGCGCGACCAACCAGUCUAUCCACCGAAACAACGUCGCAGACCAGCCAGACCGAGUCCCUCUGCCCGACCGGGUUUUAUGCGUGCUCCGCCUUCUAUCAGGGGGGCUGCUGCCGCACCGGACGAGACUGCGACACCACGUCCUGCCCGGUCAGAGCGUCGUCGACCAUCACCUCAAACGACAGGACCAUUGUGGUUCCGGCGCAGACGACCGGCGCGGUGAGCGGGACGGGACGAUGCGCCAGCGGUUGGUUCAGCUGUGCGGACACGGUGGGUGGAGGAUGCUGUCCGAGUGGGUUCGCAUGUGGUUCGAGCUGUACGACUGUCGCGAGUGCCUCUGCAACGGGAACGGUGGCCAAGAGCGCGCCCGACAGUGCAGGGAGUCGAUUGUCGGGGAGAACGACAUGGAGAGUUGUUCUAGGGAUGACAUGGAUGCUCUGGAUUUAA